CCCUAGAGAAGAAUAAACAACCGGAGUCCGAACAACACCAAGUUUGGCAUCGGAGGAGAGAGUAGAGUGUAAUGGGGUCGGAGAAGGAAGCGCGGCGAAAGCUAUCGUGCUCAGCCUGUUUCGAUGCACUCUGGUUCUGCUACACUCCAGUCCAUCAAAUGCAGCAGUACUAUAGGCUCGGUAACCUCGACAACUGUUCUGAUAAAUGGAGUGCCCUUUAUGAUUGCUUGACUCUAAAAACUAAACGCCAAGCUGAAGUGGAGGAAAUUUUGGAAAAGCGGGAGAAAACCAAGCCUCACAUAUGGUCUUUUCGGACACCAGAAGAAGCAGCAUCUCACUGGCAAAAACUCUAUGGGCAUAUGCACAUAUAUGAAGAUGAGUAAAAUACACAAACUACUGGUCAGUUAUUGAUUCUUCUUUUUCCCAUUCAGAGCUUCAAGCAAUAAUUACAAUGAUUUACCAAAGCAAUUUAAUGAUUAGUUACUGGUGAGGUUAUGGGUUAGCCAUAUCAUCUGGUCAACUGAUUCCGAAUUUUUUGAGGUAAGGAAUUUAAUUUAUGGAAUUCCCAAUGAUUAUUUCAAUAUAUUAUUUCAGUGAACAUUGUUUA